AUGUCUAUUUCGGAACUACCAGUGACGAUUCUGACAUUGUUACACUUGAACCACCUAAGCUGGAAGAAAUGGGGAACCAGGAGGUUAUUAAAGAAGCGCCCGGCUCCGACAACUUUAACAUGGGUUCUUCCUCCAGCAGCCAGUACACCUUCUGCCCGCCAGAACCCGCCUAGUGAUGAGGAAUCCAGUAGUGAUGACACCAGCCAUGAGCCCAGCCCUGCCCCACGCCGCCGCCGCAACAGGAAGAAGACCAUUUCUGUCUCAGAGUCUGAGGAGCUGCCACUCGCUGAAGCAGAAGAUGAGCUCUCCAAGGAGCCAAGGAAAUGCCACUUUAGUGGUGGUCUCAACAAGUGUGUUAUCCUGGCCUUGGUGAUCGCUGUCAGCAUGGGAUUUGGACAUUUCUAUGGCACAAUUCAGAUUCAGAAGCGUCAGCAGUUAGUCAGAAAGAUCCAUGGAGAGGAGCUGAAUGGUGUGAAGGAUCAUCUCUUGCAAUGCCAGCAGGAACAAGAGUCUUUUCUAGAUUUCAAGUUAUUGAAAGAAAACCUUGAGAGGUGUUGGACAGUUACUGAAGCAGAGAAAGUUACCUUUGAAACUCAGAAGAAGAAUCUUGCUGCAGAAAACCAGUAUUUACGAAUAUCUCUGGAAAAGGAAGAGAAAGCCCUGUCUUCAUUACAGGAAGAGUUACAGCAACUAAGGGGGCAGAUUAGACUGUUGGAGGAUAAAGGCACAAAUAACCAGUUACUUAGAGAGAACCAGGCUCUUAAGCAGUGCUUAGCAAUGGAGAAAGAGAAAACAGAUAGCUUCCUUAAUGAAAAGGAGACUCUCUUGGAGGAAGCAAAGAUGCUGAAGAAGGACCUGGAGAGAGAACGGCUCACAGCAAUGGCUCUGCGGGCUGAACUUGAGCAGUUAGUCCCUGGCCGGGCCCAGGCCCAGGCAGAUUCUCACAGUGCACAGAAUGAAGAGAAGGAAAUGGUGCUGUUGCAACAGAGGUUGGCUGAGCUGGAGCAGAAGCUAAACUUCGAGCAGCAGCGCUCUGACUUGUGGGAAAGACUGUAUGUUGAGGCAAAGGACCAAAAUGGAAAGCAGGAGACCGAUGGGAGGAAGAGAGGAAGCAAAGGAAACCAGAGGGCUAAGAGCAAGUCGAAGGAGACAUUUCUGGGGACAGUUAAAGAAACAUUUGAUGCUAUGAAGAAUUCAACCAAGGAGUUUGUAAGACAUCAUAAAGAAAAAAUCAAGCAGGCAAAAGAAGCUGUGAAGGAAAAUCUGAAGAAGUUCUCAGAUUCAGUCAAGUCCACUUUCCGGCAUUUCAAAGAUACCACCAAAAAUAUCUUUGAUGAAAAGGGCAAUAAGAGAUUCGGGGCUUCAAAAGAAGCAGCAGGUGAAAAAGCAAGAACAGCUUAUGGUUAUUCUUCAUACUCCGUGCACGAGGCACCGAACCAAAACCAGAACUGCAGAGGCCCGUCUGCACAGAGGGAUAGAGGAAGAGAAAAGCCCAGUCACUCUGAAGAAGAUAGGAAAAAGGCAAAUCCAUAUACGUACGAGGCCAAGUUUGACUGCAGAGACACACAUUCUACCCGAAGGGUUUGUUUGGGAUGCACUGGACAAGAAUCCAUCAGCCCUAUUAACACAGCGGGCACCGUCAGCAUGAAUGACUUCAGAGAGCUGAUUCAGUGGUACUUACUGAAUGAACUGGAUAAUUUUCACCACUGGAAAGAACUGGAUCAGUUCAUCAGUCCAUUUUUCCCGAACGGUGUCUUUAGAUACGACCAGAAGCUCUUCGUAGACCUUGUUGAUGACGUGAAAGGCUACCUUAAGGGCAUAAAGGAGUACCAAGUAGAGGAUGCCAGUUUGCAGAAGCUGGAUGAAUGUAUAUAUAGACACUUGGGGCCCCUUUCCGCCCUUCCACUCGGACCCAGGUCGGUUUACAUAAAGCCAUGUUACUAUAAUAGCUUCUAACAGUGGUGCACUGCAGAGCAGCUUUUUGUUUUUUACGCUUUGAGCUUCUUAGGAGAUUACUAUUUGUAAGAGACAAGCCUUAUUGCCACUGAAAUUCAGAAUAAACUGAAAGACAGUUUUAAAAUAACUAUUGCAAACUGAAAAAAAAAAAUCCAUGUAUGAUAUAAUCACUUAGACUUGAACAAAUGAUUGAUUUCUACCGUAAAAAUUAAAGGAUAUAUAAACUCAUUUGAGCCAAUUUGGCGUUUUUGGAAUAGUUUAUAUAAUUAGUGAGAUAAUUUCCCUUCACUCUUUGACUUAGGAAGCUAGAAACACAGAUUUCAGUGUGAAGUCCAGGUUAUGUGGAGCUCUCCCCCCCCCAUAAUCGUUGGUUUUGGGGGUAGUUUAGGGUUACUAUUGAGAAGGUUGAUGAUCAGGAGCCAGAAAGCCCUAGUGUUCUUCAAAACUGUCUGUUGUCCUUCAGUUUUUUAUUCUGUAACUCCAAAUGUCUGUUUACCUGUUUACCUUUGAGAGUCAUAGGUGACUCUCUGUGAAUAAAUGCAAUGUGCCUAUAAAAUAAUGAGACUGGUUUCUGGUGUCUUUAGUUCCUGAAGCAGGUGUCUAGCGCUGUAGUGAGUGUUGGGAAGCUGCUUUGAGGAAACCUGAACAACCCCUCGCUUUUUAGGAGUUGGGUGUGCACUGACUGGCAUGAAGGUUCGGUGGCCUCAGGCAGUCUGGAGAUGCUUGGAAAAGCUUCAUGAUUGAAGUGACCUUUCAUCUGAGCUUUUGGAAGGGAUGUGAGGAUUAGUGCAUGAAUAGGGGUGGGCAUCUCCCUGGAAUGGAGGGUCAUUUGCAAAGGUGUGGAGAAAUGCAGACAUACGGCUUUACAGAAACAGGUGAGCAGGGGGUUAACUCAGGAAGGCCUCUGUUUCCUGAAGUGUCUGUCUUGUGAGAUGGAGAUUUUCUGAAGGAUUUUGUCACUGGGUGGGACAGUGACUAGCUCUUUAGCUGACUGGCAGCAGCCAGGAGGGUUGAUUGGAAGGCCUGAGGCCAGCUGGGGUGCUCUGCGCAUGACAAGCUGAUGAGAAUCUGAGGGUAGCGGAGGUGGUAAGGAACAGACAAGAUGCAUUUUAAACAACUCAUAGAGUGAAACAGUUAGGUCCUGUGUAAGGGAAGUGGAAAGCAAGUGAUGUGCGCAUAUCUGGAAUGACUUCGCUGUUAGCUAUUGAUAUUACUCAUAGACUACCAGAAGAAGGUUCUAAGGAAGAGGAUGCAGAAGUGAAUUGGUUUUGGAGGUAACUGUUGACAUUUAUUACGUAGUCGUCUCUGCUCACUCCGAAGUUAGUCUCCAUUGGAAAGUCUAGUGCAGGGAACACUGACCCCUGAGCCUGCUAAGCAAGAAAAGACUGCAGGAUGACAUCGCUAGAACCCAGAGACAUCAAGUCAGGUGCUUAGAGCUGAGGACUAUGGGUAAUUGACGUGGCCUUGGAGCGAAGCAGUGGAGAAGCCUAAUAGCAGUGGGAGGAAAGCGGUGCCUGCUGCACUUGACUGCAAAAGGGGGAAAGUCAGAGACUGCUUUGCUUUGCAAGAUGAAUAUGCAUAUCUCAGCUGAGGGAUAAGGUUGGGAUGAGAGAGAUGAGACUGAUUUUUGUUUUUGCUGGGAUAGUAACGGAAACAUCUCAUUAUUUUAUUGUCACAUUCCUGUUCCUCACUGGUUUGGUUUCCCCUUCCAGCCAGUGCAGGGGUUUUUACGUCUGUUUUUUUCCUUUUUCCUUAAUGUUGAAAAGUAGUGAUUCCCCUCUUUCCUGGUAUUAUAAUAGAAUUAUAAUUUGUGUUUUAUAUUUUUACAGUACUCAGAUAGUAGAUUAAUGGAGAAAAACUAAGUUAUUUUUACUUUUAGAAAACUGAACUCUAACAUAGAUUAAAAAAUGUGUUUACUACUUUCAGUCGACCUGAUAAAAAGCAACGUAUGGUAAAUAUUGAAAACUCCAGGCACCGAAAGCAAGAGCAGAAGCACCUUCAUCCACAGCCUUAUAAAAGGGAAGGUAAAUGGCAUAAAUACGGUCGCGCUAACGGAAGACACACGGCAAAUCUUGAGAUAGAGCUGGGGCGGUUACCUUUUGAUCCUAAAUACUGAUUCACGAUUAAGUUAAAUUAAGAGAUGUGGAUGCUUUCUACUUUGGUGUUGAAAUUAAGAUGAAAUCCUCAUGACUAUCUUUAUAUUAUACAAAAGUAAAGCUUACUAACUUGCAUUUUCCUGUAGCUUAGGUUUGUUAAAAACAAAGAAAAAAAUUUUUUUUGCUCUGGAAAAAAAAAAAGGUAGUUUUAUUAAGGAAGCCAGGCAUGAGACAUUCUGUGCAUGAAAUAAGGCUUGGUUUGAGUAGCUGAGCUUAAGCUCAGCCGGUACAGUGUGUGCCAUCUUUAGGCAAGCGGUAGGGCUUGAGGAAUGGCUGAGACGGGACCCUGCUCUAACACUUUCUACUCUCAUGCUUUUGUCUCUCUGUGGGUUCAAGAGCCUGUUGGCUUGUGAAGAGCUUGCUGGCUUGUUCUUGUGAACUCUUGCACACCUGAAUGUUAUGGAAGAAACAAUAAACUGCACCAUGAGGAAAACUAAA